CCGCCGGGGCUGAGGGAAGCGCGGGAUGAGUCUGGCCGAGCUGUGCUGCCGAAACUGGAAAAGUGAAAGCCCGGCCGGGAGGAGCAGAAGAGCGCAAAGAUCAUAGCUCACCUUCUCUUGGAGAGAAACGCAUCUGACGGGCCCCGGGACCUGGCUCUCCCUGCCUUUCGUCCGUCUUUCCUUCUGCCCCUGCUGCUGCUCCCUCCGGGGGGCCUCUCACAGCCACCCUUUCCCCAGCAACAUUUCUUGUUGUCCGAUGAGAGGCGGAGGGAGAGAGAAGGCACUUAGGAUAAGUUGCUGUGUUCAAGGAGCGGUCCCUCAAUUAUGAGACGAUCUAAGCGGACACAACUCACAGCCCUUGACUGCCUACACUUGGCCCAAAGCAGAGAAGGUUCAUUUUCUCUGACUCAGCCUUUAAGUCAAAGGUGGACAAGCAAAGAUCUGAACUGGAGACUCUGUCCUAAAUCCAAGAAAAGAAACAGAGAACAGGGAUUUCUGAGACGAGUGACUGAUUUCUUUCCAGUUAGUCAACGAUCAUGCACCAGUGACAUGGCGGAAAGUGGCUCCACUGAUGAAAAUAAUGCUUCUGAUGAUGAAAUGGCCUUUGCUUGUGCUUUGCCACAAGAACAUGAAAGGGAAUCUAACUUAACCCCUUUGGGAUCUGUUGUGACUUCUAGGAAGCGAUGUCUUUCCUUUGACCAGGAAGGAAGCCAAGUCACAGGAAGAGACCAUUGUGGUGGUGUGGCGAAGAAAAACCUCAAGGACCAAUCCACAGCUCCUGGGGAAAUGAAAUGGGAAAUGAAUUGUUUAUUCCAAGUCCCAUUAAAUCCUGGACAAAUUAAGCAAGAAGAUGAGGAAAAUGGCCCCAAACCUGACCCUUAUUAUGGGCUUCUUGGAAACUUGCCCUGUCAGGAGCCCCAGAGCCACAUCUGUAGUCUUCCCAGUGAAGUCCUGAGGCACAUCUUUGGUUUCAUCCCUAUGGAUGAUCUCUAUAAGAGCCUGAGCCUAGUAUGCCAGCUUUGGAGAGAGAUUAUCAGUGACCCCCUGUUUAUUCCUUGGAAAAAAUUGUACCAUCGUUACAUGAUGAAUGAGGAACAAGCUGUCAGUGAAGUGGAAAAUAUUCUUUUGAACUAUGCCAUAUUAAAAGAGGAGAACCUGUGUGUGCUGAACCUGAUACGAUACACAGUUGGUACCAAAUAUGUUCAGCAUGUCAAUUUUGAGGAGGCGAAGUGUUGCCUGAAAGAUCAUCCCCUCUUUCCUCAGGCAGAGGCAUGCCUUUGUCAAAAGAUGCUUGAUUUGUAUAAUGCUCCUGGGGGGAUCAGUGUAUGGGCCUUAAUAGCAACGAUCAUACUUAUCUCCAACAGUAUGAGUGACAUUCAGAGGCUGAUAACCUGUUUCAAGAGGCCUGCCUCCCCGGUGACCAUAUUAGACAUCACGGAGACUUUGUACUGUAUGGCGGUACUGCUGCAUGCCAUGAGAGAGAAGGGGAUUAAGAUUAGUAACAGGAUUCAUUACAACAUCUCCUGUUGCCUAUACCUUCAAGAAAAUUCGAGAUUUCAGGCAAUUGGGGUCAAAGAGGAAACUCCCACUAUGCAAGGGAAGAAAGUGAUCAUUCAGUUAACACAUGAACAGAAAAAAAUCCUGAACCACGAGAUCAAACCUCUCCAAGUGAUGAAAAUUAUGGCUUUUGCAGGCACUGGAAAGACCUCAACCCUUGUCAAAUAUGCUGAGAAGUGGUCUGACAAAAAAUUUCUUUAUGUGGCAUUCAACAAGAGUGUUGCAAAGCAGGCUGAAAGCGUGUUCCCAAGCAAUGUUACCUGCAAAACUUUUCACUCCAUGGCUUUCAGAGACAAAGGGAGGCUGUACCAGAUAGAGAAGAAACUGAAUCCCUUCAAGCUUACACCCUUCAUGGUCAACUCUGUCCUUUCAGAAGGGAAAGCAGGAUUCACAAGAGCCAAAUUAGUUUGCAAGACUUUAGAAAACUACUUUGCCUCUGCUGAUGAAGAUUUAAACAUUGAGCAUGUGCCUAUAUGGUGGAAGAACAGUCAGGGACAGAAGGUCAUGGUAGAUCACAAUGAAAAGCAGAAUGGUGCAUAUGAAGCAGCCAGACUUUGGGAGAAAAUGAAAAAGUUGGAAGAAUGCAGAGAAGAGGCAUAUCACAUGACUCAUGAUGGUUAUUUGAAACUUUGGCAACUUAGCAAGCCUUCUUUUGGUGCAUAUGAUGCCAUCUUUGUGGAUGAGGCCCAGGACUGUACUCCAGCCAUCAUAGACAUUAUUCUAUCCCAGCCAUGUGGAAAAAUCUUUGUAGGGGACCCACACCAACAGAUCUACACCUUUCGGUAUGCUAUUAAUGCCCUUUUUGCAGUGCCACACACACAUCUCUUCUAUCUCACACAGAGUUUUAGGUUUGGUGCUGAAAUUGCUUAUGUGGGAGCCACUCUCUUGGAUGUUUGUAAGAAAGUUAGGAGGAAGACUUUGAUUGGAGGAAACCAAAAGAGUACCAUUAGAGGCAGUUCAGAAGGACAAAUUGCCUUGUUGUGCCGAACCAAUGCGAGUGUGUUUGAUGAAGCAGUACGGGUAACAGAAGGGAAAACUCCCUCAAGAAUAUAUUUGAUUGGGGGAACUAAAUCAUUUGGAUUGGACAGAUUCAUUGAUAUUUGGAUCCUUCUUCAGUCAGAUGAGGAGCAGCGCAAACAAAACCUUUCUAUCAAGGACCGAUUCAUCAGGAGGUGGAUGCACAAAGAUGGCUAUGGGGGCUUAAAAAGAUAUGCUGUUGCUGCUGAAGACAAGGAACUGAUGGCAAAGAUUGCAGUGGUUGAAAAAUACAAUGUCCGGAUUCCAGAACUGGUAAAAAGGAUUGAGAAGUGCCAUGUAAAUGAUAUAGUAUUUGCAGAAUAUGUUUUGGGUACUGUUCACAAAGCCAAAGGCUUGGAGUUUGACACAGUCCAGAUUUUGGAUGAUUUUGUAAAAGUUCCUUGUGGCAGGCAUAGUCUUCCACAGAUUCCUCACUUCAGAAUUGAAUCAUUUCCUGAUGAAGAGUGGAAUUUGCUGUAUGUUGCAGUUACUCGUGCCAAGAAAUGCCUCAUCAUGACCAAGUCACUGGAAAACAUUUUAACUCUAGCUGGGGAGUACUACUUUCAAGCAGAGUUAACCAGAGAUGUCUUAAAAAGUGGAGAGGUACUUUGUUGUGUGAGGCAGUGCAAUAACAUUAUCCCUUCAGAGACUAUCCUCACCAUGAAGAAAGGUCCCGUCAUUUAUAGCGGCAGAAAAGAAGACAAAGGCGGGUACUUCUGCCAUGCUUGUGCCGAGCAGCGCGUUGGGCCCCUGGCCUUCCUGACUGCCUCCCCAGAGCUGAUUUUCUCCAUGGAGCGCACCUUUGAAGACCUGGAGUUGCCUAGACAUGAAGCUCAGCUUUUCAUUGUCUUUUGAAAACCAAGGUGGAGCUGCUCGUCAGUGUGGAACUCUGUCAUGAGUUUCUUGGAAAGAAGAAAUAAUGUGAGAGUUGGGGUGGGAAAGACCAGUCUCCCCCCUCCUCCUCCCCUUUCUCUCUUACCCCUCCUUUUCCCCCCCUCCCCUGGAGUUUGUGGAUCUGUGGAAGGUCAACCUCAGUGUUACUGGUGGCCUCAGCUCCUGAAUCGGGAGGUUUCCAGUGACAGGACUGCUUUCUGUUUUUAUACAUAGUCUCAGGGGUGUGUUUGAUUCUUUUCCACCAGUUCUGUCUGGUACUAUUUGCCUUCAUCCAGUGGCCAAAGCCCGAUUACUUUAGGAUAUUUUCAUCCAUUUGUAGGACAGUUUCUUAAAACCUACUCCUGUUGAGGAUUUGGAUUCAUUCUAAAGCAUUCCUAUCUGAUAAAGCUAUUGGGUUUCUGAAUUUGUUUUGUAUAUUCAUUAAAACCUAAUAAUGUCUGUUGAUUUUGAGGGGUAUAGGCUUUCUGUGCUUAUAUUAUGUAAAGUUAAAUUUGUGUCCCAGCACAGACAAAAACAUCAUAGAGUAAUGGGGCUGGGGCCCAGACAGGAACUUCACAAGGUCCUUUAACUUACUUGGCACCAGGUAACUGGCUGCCAUUUAGGGCAGGGUAUGAGUUGAGAAUGAGGACUACUGCCGAGUGCAGGCAAAAGCUACCUCCUUAUCCAGUGCCUCAUGUGCCAAGUACCCCCUGUGGAGGGAGCCAUAUCAGGCACUGAUACUGACACUGGUUAAGGCUUGACCUGACCCAGCUGACAUACAGUGGCUGCUUAUGCCAUCUUUGAACACAUUUUUAAAAAAAUUUAAAAUAAUUUACCUUUGAUCAAAGUAUUUCUGUCACGAUUUAGAAAAUUAGAUUGGGUCUGGUCCUGUGCAUCCCUUGGGCAUAUAAUAUUCCUGUCACCACAGAAGUACUCAUGGAGGAUAGACCAAAUGUGCCAGCCCACUCUGGGGGAAAACUUUUAUUGCCCCUUUCCCCACCCCUUGGCUAGAGGGCUCAGAGGACCUUCUGGGAAAGAGCACAAGGAAAUGCUCCCCAGCCACCUGCUGUGUGUGCUGUGUGGAUCACCCAGAAGCAGCAGCCCUCUUAGAAAGGUGAGUUCUUAAAAUGGAAACUCCUCUCUUCCUAGCCUUUACAUUCUUAAUGAGCUGGGGGAAUCUUGGCUGAGACAGCCCAUCAUAGGCCCUUUAUGCCAGCAGCCCUGUCAUCCAAGUAUGCAGUCAGGAUGUACAGCAAAAAAUGAGUAAAGAGAUUGGAAAUGAUUCAACCUGAUAUAAAAUUAGCAUCUUUAUGAGACAGACAUUGAUGUCAGGAAGUAAUGGAGUUAGUAAUAUCUCCUACUCCCAACUCUCCAGACUCUUAUCAGGAAGAUCAAGAACCAUCAAGCUUGGGGAAUGUUCUUGCAAAAACCCAGAAGAGUAAGCAAGGAUUAAGCAUUACAAAUUAUGUGUAGGUCUAAUUUAGCAGCUGAAGUUUAUCACCUUGAGUCAUCAUAGUAAUUGUUUAAAAUCUCGUGAUUAUUCCCUAGUAGAAGGAAUACUAAGUCACUCAGCUAAUGGCUAAAGGGACCUUUGAAUCUGAACAAGA